GUCUGAAUUUUAAGCGCAAUAUUAUUUAAUUAUUUUAAGGAAUAAAGCUCAUUAGAGAUGUUUAAAUAGUGCAAAAGUAUGUGCAAACCAUAAUACCAUUUGAAAACAGUGAGGAAUAUAAGAAAUCAAUAGUGAAAUGACGGAAAAUUAGAGUGAAAAGAAUUGAUUCAAGAAAUUUGUGUAAAUCACUUAAAAUACCAUGAAAUUAAGUAAAAGCUGUCAAAUAAAGUGCAUUUGUGUUCUAUCAAUUCCAAAGUAUUUUAUAAAUAAAUUAAUUUAACUAGUGAAUGCAAGAAAAUUAAUCUAUAAGGUGCAAAAAGAAAUUUAUAUAAGGAUCAGACAAAAAAUAGUGUUUGACCAUUAAAGUGAAUAAGUUAAGGAAUAUAGAUAGAUUUAUAAAAUUCAAAUAAGAUGGCAAGAGAUUACGAUCAUCUCUUCAAGCUGUUAAUUAUAGGCGAUUCAGGUGUUGGAAAGUCAUCACUAUUAAUACGCUUUUCUGACAAUACAUUUAGCGGGAGCUAUAUAACAACAAUUGGUGUUGAUUUCAAAAUACGGACAGUUGUCAUUGGGGGUGAACGUGUAAAAUUGCAAAUUUGGGACACUGCUGGACAGGAACGUUUCAGAACAAUAACAAAUACAUACUAUCGUGGAACACAUGGUGUUAUAGUUGUAUAUGACGUAACAAAUGGAGAAUCAUUUGCAAAUGUGAAGCGAUGGCUGCAAGAAAUUGAUUCAAAUUGUGAAGUUGUAAAUAAAGUUCUUGUCGGAAACAAAAAUGACGAUCCACAGAGGAAAGUGGUAUUAACAGAAGAUGCCCAACGAUUCGCUAACCAAAUGGGAAUUCAACUGUUUGAAACAUCCGCCAAAGAUAAUUUGAAUGUAGAAGAAAUGUUCUUAGCGAUAACUGAGAAAGUACUACGCCAUAAAAAACAAACUCAACGUCAACAGAUUGAGCAGGAAAGUGAGGGAAGAAUUAAAGUUAACAAUUCGAGAGAUCAAAAGAAAAAAAAGAAAUGUUGCUAGUUAAUUUUAUGGAAAAAACUAUUGAGAAUGUCAUCAAAAUCAUUUUGUACAUUUUUUAUAUGUGAAAGAAUGAACAUUUAAUAUUUUUUUUAAAAAAUACAUUAAUCGCAUGAAAAAAGAAUGAUUGGUGAUGAUUAGAAACUUUAAAAUUUCAAUAUUCAGAUGACUAUAA